GCAGUUCGGCUGGGUCACGCUGCAAUCCAGCCGGAUGUUUUCCGUCGUCAGUAUGUGAUGGGAAGACUCGCUCGUGUGAUCACACAAGGAUUAUCGUGCGGCUCCAGCAGCGGCCCUGACCAGGCACCAAUGAGUCGAGCUUUGUGAGAGGGCAGCAGUCAGCCCCGUGUGCUGGAUGUCUGUGACAGAUCCAUGGGCCAGAAGGACCAUGUGGAGGCAGGAGCAGGCCACAUCCUCGACCUGGGGCUGGAUUUGGAGUAUCUCCACGUAGCAGGGUCUGACCGGCAGGCUGGCGGCUCUGACGGGCCCCCUGCUAUGGAGGAGCAGGGGGAGUGCUCCGGGAGCAUCAACGCCGCCGAUUCCCCUCCUCCCGCUGGAGCGGAAGAAAAUGCCGGGUCUGAUGCAGAGUGCGAGCAGCCGCCGUCGUCGUCCAGCGCCACCCUCCCUGUCAGCCCCGAACCGGAUGGAGGGGAGGAAGGGUUAGCUCACAGUAAGAACGCCCACCAGCCGCUUUGUCGGACCCAAUGUGUGGACUUGGGCACCGAGGGUCCACCUGAGCUCCCGUCUGAGCCCUCACCGGAGCUUGAACACGAGUCCUCACCCAGCUCGCCGUGCAAGCACCCACCAGAGCCUCCUCCCAAUCCCUCCUCAUUAGAGACGGCGCCCGAGGCCGGCGGCAAGGAGUAUCAGGCUAAGCUGGAGUUUGCCCUGAAGCUGGGCUACUCCGAGGAGACGGUGCGACUGGUGCUAUCCAAGCUUGGCCCUGACACCCUCAUCAAUGACAUACUGGGAGAGCUGGUCAAACUGGGCACCAAGUCGGACAGCGAGCAACCGGCCGGAUCAUUAGCCUCUACCUCAUCUUCAUCUUCCUCCUCUUCCUCUUGCGGCUGUUCUGAUUUGCAGGACAGCCAGAGGUCGGACUCGCCAUGUCCGUCAGACUCUCUGAGCGACCAGGACAACCUGCGGCCGAUUGUGGUGGAUGGCAGUAAUGUAGCCAUGAGCCAUGGCAACAAGGAAGUGUUUUCAUGCCAGGGGAUCCAGCUGGCUGUGGAUUGGUUCGUAGAGCGGGGUCAUCAUGACAUCACGGUGUUUGUGCCUGCGUGGAGGAAAGAGCAGUCUCGCCCUGACGCCCCAAUAACAGAUCAGGAUGUCCUGCGUCGCCUAGAAAAGGAAAAGAUCCUGGUCUUCACUCCUUCGCGGCGUGUCCAAGGUCGGCGCGUGGUUUGCUAUGACGACCGCUUCAUCGUCAAGCUGGCCUAUGAGUCAGACGGCAUCAUCGUCUCCAACGAUAACUACCGAGACCUGGCUAACGAGAAGCCCGAGUGGAAGAAGUUCAUCGACGAACGGCUGCUCAUGUAUUCCUUUGUCAACGACAAAUUCAUGCCCCCAGAUGACCCUCUUGGUCGUCAUGGCCCCAGCUUAGACAACUUCCUGAGGAAAAGACCUGUCAUGCCUGAGCAGAAGAAACAGCCUUGCCCAUACGGAAAGAAGUGCACUUACGGCCACAAGUGUAAGUACUACCACCCAGAAAGAGGUGCUCAGCCUCAGCGUGCUGUGGCCGAUGAGCUGCGUGCCAGCGCCAAGACCUGUGUCACCACAAAGAACCAGGGGGAUGCUGGGUUGGUGAAGAGCCACAGCGUGCCAGCUGGCAGCAUUGAGGCAAAGAAAGGCGCCCAGAAAAGGCAGUCGGACCCCAGCAUCCGAGCCCUGUCGUACAGCGAUGCCGAGGAGAAGCUGGCAAAAGGGAGGGCGGAAAGCCAGAAGAACGGCAUGUGUGGCAGCAGCAGCAGUAGUAGCGGAGGUAAAAGCGUGACAUCAGCCCCAGGAGGCCCCCCGUCCAGUUUCAGCCAUCCCCAGGACAGGCAGUCCAGAGCAGCGACUCCCCACAGUCUACCAGCCCCCGGCCAUGACCUUUACCCUCACUGCGAGUCUCCAGACUUGAGCUACUACUCGGUGACGCGCGCUUACUCCGGCCUGAGCCUCUCCUCCAGACGGAGCCCAGACUGUCGCUUCCCCAACGACACGGACCUGCGGCUGGGCUCCAUGGGCUCGACGGGCUCCGAAUGCGGCAGCGAGAGCAGCGUGAGUUGCGGGAGCAGCUGCGACUCGUACAGCGAGAGGCCGUGUCCCGGGUGCCCCCCAGAAACGUUGGUGGACGACAGCGUCCAUUUUCCUAACCCCCACAGCCGGCUGUAUCCUCACCAUGCCUCAGCAAACCAUGAACUAUGCGGCCAUCAUCCCGCCGAUUACUCGGGCAUGCAGCACACCCACGGGUCUAAUGCAGGAGUACACGGCUACCACCUGGGUGUGGCACGCGGACAGAACUGUGCUCACGACCAGCCUCCACCAGAGGCUCCUCCCAAGCGCCCUCUCUACCCCUUGCCCCCUCAUCUCCAGCACCAACCGCUGACCGCUCGCUCCAGCUGCCCAGGUGACUACCACUCUCUGCCCCAGUCCAACCCUCCCCCUGGCUCUCCUCUGGGCCGCUGCCUGGCCCCAACGCGAGGAGAGAGCGUGUCAGACUCUCAUCUUUAUGACCACCUCUCCGCAUCGCACCAUCACCACCGGACAAAAGCUUUGCCCGGCUGGGACACGUACUACAGACAGCCUCUGCUGCCGCCGUCCAGGUAUGAGACAUCUGCCUACCAGAGUCUGCCGGACACACGCCAGGCGUCCUGGCACGCGCCUCCCUGGGCACAGGACGGCUACGGCCAGCACCACUCCUCCCACCCAGCUCUCCACCCAUCCUCAACACAUUACUUAAACCACCCGCCGCCCCAGGCCCACUCUCCUCACCCGCCUCAUCCAUCCAGCACUCCUCUCCAGCCGUACCCGUCUCACAGCGCUCAACUCGCAGUGCCCUCCCACGCUCCUCCCUCCUACAUGCCGCAGCACCCAGAAUCCCCCGCACACAGCCGCUACGGGGACACGAGAGAGAAAGUGUACGUCAACCUGUGUAACAUCUUCCCCUCGGAGCUGGUGAGCCGGGUAAUGGCCAGGAGCCCCCAUAUCACAGACCCCCAGCAGCUGGCAGCUGCUAUACUUGCAGAGAAAGCCCAAACAGGCUACUGAAGAACAGAGGAAGUUGUUCUCCCAUUAGAAAACAAUAGCAGUCAUGUAGUCUUGGGUUGGAAAUAGGGAAACAAAAAAAAAAGCGUGUGCGGUUUGCAUCAGCAGAGCAAACUUGAAUUUGCCUUUUGCAACGCUUGAAAGCACGUUGGAUUUGCAUGGUGGAAUUCUAAAUGCUGCAAUGCUUUUGGAUUGUCUACGAGGAGAGCUUUUUCUCUUCUCGUGGCGUUAAUGAGACAAUGCAUACGUUUCAAUGAUAUAUAAUGCUGAAGAUAAUCCAGAUCCAGCAACUUAAUGUACUCAACCUUUAAGAAUUGGAGGGAGAGCACAUCAUUUGUGCAACUUGUGGAGAUUGUUCCAGGCCUACCUGUUGGUCUUUUUUAUUUAUUUAGUAGCAUAUUAUUUGUAUCUUUCACACGCAGGACUUGUUAUGCGUCAAAUUCACAAGGCACUUUUUGGUUUUACAGGCUAAAGAUAACCUAGUGAGGAUGAAGGAUUAUUUAAGCAUUUCCACCAAUUGUAUGACUAGAGACUGACUUAAUGGGCACUCACAUUCUACACUGUUCAGAGUUAAGUCAAACAGUAUUUGAAAAUAUUAUUUUCAUUUCAUGUGUGAAGAGCCAGAUUUCUUACUUCAUAACUAUACAGAAAAGGGUCACAGGUAUUUCUCUGAUCGAGUUUCUUAAUUUGUUAUGUGGCAAAUCACACAGCAGUUUCAAACUACUAUUUGACAAAGAUCUGUGUACUAUAUUAAUCUCUUUAUGUGUGUCGUGCGGCCAUUUGUGGGGCUUUUUUCCAUGUUGGUAAAAAUGGGUGUCUGAAAGACGGUCGUCUUAUUUGAGACGACGUCAGUAUUUUGGUCAGAGUUGUAGCUGUAGAGAUGGGUGACCCUGUCGUGUGUACCUUAGUUUUAGUAAGGGACAUCUCUCUCUCUUUCUCUUUCUUCUCUCUCUCUCGCUCUCGCUCUCGCUCUCUGGCCCUUUUAUUUUGGGUCAACUCUGGUAUCUGCUACAGACAGAGAACAUCUGGACAUCAGUAAAUCAAACAUGUAUGUAUUGUAAAUAUAUUUAACAGACUCUCCCGCUGCGCUUUGGGUAACGGCGUCUACGGUUGUCUGUAGCAGAUCCCAGCUGAAUCCAUGCUAGACAGAGAAAAACCUUGUUUGAUACAAAUUGUAUCAUUAACUAAGUCGCUGAUGUUCUAUACAGUACAAGGACUUAUUGAUCCGUGUCUAUCAAACACUCUAGAUGUAUCGCUAUACGAUCAAAUGCAUCGACUACAGUUAUGUUCCAAUCGAGACGUUCCAACUUUUGAUCUUGCGGAAAUUGCCUUGAGACAAUUAUUUCAAAUAUGUUAAGAAACAAAAGGAGUUGUCUGCCUACUAUGUUUUAGGUAUCACAACUUUUUUUUUGCGCUUUUGGGUUUGAAGCUGGCUUAUUUUUUCUCCGGAAGCUCUAACUAAAUCCUGUGAGAAAUAUUCUUUGGUUUACUGGUUAAAUGCCCAUUUAAAAAACCCCAGAAGAAUUCAAUUUUUUCAGGAUGAGGUUGGGGUCGGUUCAUUUUUGCUUUUUUUUAAAGCCUUUUUUUAUUAAGUCAGGAAGAGGAUUUACUUUGAAGUGAAUUAAGACUUGAUGCCUGAAAUAAUGGAGAAUUGAUAUUUGAUCAAUAACUAAUCUAUUGUUUCUAUUGAAUCACGAAUUGAGUGAAAGGACCCCAACCAUGUCUAAUAAGUAAAGUUUUAUAUUUGGGUCAGUCUACUUAACCGUGGUAGCCAUUUUGAACGUCUGUAACACUCUACCAAAGUUCUACCUGGAGUAUUUGCAAAUGUAUAAAGCCGUUUUUACCUUUACUAGAAGAUGAGGUUUCAUAAAACUAGAAAUUAUGCAGUUGGUAAAGUAUUUCAACUUCCAUUUACAUAGGUAUUCUGCUAGAUAUUUUAAGGACAAAUAUUUAAAUUUCUUUGGCCAGAGUGCAUUAAUAUAUGUGCAACAGAAGCUUGAAAGAAAACAACAAUAUAAACGAAGAGAAUUUUUCAAAUUUUCCACACCUGACGUGUUCAGUAUGUAACCUGCCUCUGGCCUUUUGCAUGCUGGGAUGGUCCAAAAGUAGAAAUACCCACAUAGAUUGCACUUUUAUUAGUAGUAUAAUGUAUAAUACAUAUUCUGAAUGCUAGUAUCUAUGAGUUGUACUUCAGGUAGAGCCCAAACAAAGAGUAACGCAGGUUCAAAGUGGCCGCUGUGGAAUCGGAGUCUACAGAGUGAGCUUGUCACACGGUUCAUCGCAAGCCAGCUACAUAAAGCCCACUGGUUUCUUUCCUGUCCAACGUGUCACAUUGUACAAAUAAUGAUUAGUCGUACAAUAACACGUGCUGUUGACGAGAGAGAACCUUUGUGUGUAUCGAAGAAGCGCCUUCUCUCCGGCCUCCUGGCACUGUGUGUCAGUGUGGCACCUGAGCGUGGGCCCAAAGUAAUGCCUCUUCAUGGCAUUGUGCUUAUGACACAUCCAAUACUCUGAACUAUGUUCAGCUAACUUUUAUGCAUGUUUUGAUUUGUUUUGGUUUCUGCAUGUUUCCUUGUGAUUUAUUAGUGUACAUAGCUGUGUUUCUGUCCCGGAUGCUUUGUCUAGCUGUUACUGUGACACGACUGUAGCAGAGAUGCCACUAGGCUUACUUAUAAACAAAGAGUUAUUUUCUGCUUGUUAAUGUUUUAUUUUACACAUCAGUUAGAGUUGAUUUCAGAACUACACAGUCCUUUGACAAAAGGGUCAAGAAGAAAUAUUAUCUGUUUUCUAUCCAAAGGAUCAGGAAGCAAGUUAUGGAAAGCAUCCCACUUUUCUCCACCAUUGUUUGCUCUUGAAGUGCUGAAGAUAUUACAGCGCUACGACACCACGACACCAAUACAAUAAAAAUCCUCUGCUUCAAAUAUUUAUAUUUCCAUUUUGACAGUAGAAUAAUGGUGUAACUAAUUGAUAAUUGUAGCAUUCUCAACUGUAACUGUGAUUGUUCAUUAAAGAGAGUACGGCUACAAAACAUGUGAUAUCCAUUGGCAUUAUAAUAGUCAAGAAAGGCUCUAAAGGUGACUAUCGUUUACACUUUUUACAAUUAUUACUAUUGACAAAAUAAUUGUUUUAGAAUAUUGUACGUAGAAAGCCCUGUACCAUAUUAUUUUCCUGUAACAGUAACAUAUUUUUAAAGCUGCUGUAGGUUUUGAAGUGAACGCCAGAUCUUUCUCAUCACCUUAUUUUACCAUUCCCGGAUUAAAAAUUCAAACUGAAAUGAUGAUUUGGUCUCUUAGCGGACAGAUGGAGAAUCAUUA